AUGUCCCCUGAACCAGUCCUUGCUGACCUCCCCCAUUCCAUUGACUCAUUGGAAGAAUAUUCAUGGGAGGAAAUUUGGACUGAAAUAGACGAGUCCUUCACCACCCUUGAUACUGUUACGCCAAUGAGCCCGACCGCAAGUGGUGCUGCCAGCCUGCGAGCAUCAUCUGGCGCUUCUACACCGAAUCUCGAGCCAUCAAAAGAUACCCAGCUGGAACGAUUGAGGGGAGAAAUUGGCUCAAAGUCUAACCCUAUUGACCUCUGCUGCUAUGGCCAAAAGAGGAAAGCGUCCGGUCCAGCUGAAGUCUCGAGGAAGGCGAAGAGGAGCACCCGGGAGACGACACCACGGGCCAGCCCUUGCGUUACUGUUUAUUCUCUACAAACAAACGAUUCGGAGCUCCUUGUUUGGGAGAGGAGGUCCAAGCAAUGGGUCGAUGACAGAAACGGCUCCGCUCAAGCUAUUGACGAGGCAAGCCUCAUGUCGUUUCAUGGUCGAGUAAAUGGCGAGGUUGGAAUUCAUUUUCAGCGGGCGGGUAGAGCCUGGGAAGGAAGUGAUGAUCUAAAUCAAUGGGUUCUAUCGGCUUCUUCUGAAGAGAGCAAUGUAUGA